AUGAAAAUUCUUGUGUUAGGACUCACUUUAUUUACUAUAGGAUAUUAUGUUAAAAGUAUCUCCAAGAAUGUCUUUGAGCAGGACUCUUCAUUGGAUAGAGGCAUAGAUAAUAAAAUAACCAAUAAUACAAUACCAAAACGACAAAAAGUGCCAAAAAUAUUACACUAUGCAUACCCCGAUGAUCCGGAAAACCGGCCAUUCACUUUUAUUCAUUGGCUCGCUAUGACUUCGGCGAUUGAAACUAUUAAGCCGGAAAAAACUUUAUUCCAUUGCGUUCAUGAACCAGAAAGUUACUGGUAUCAUCUUAUAAAGCCUAAAAUAAGUGUUGUGAAAGCACGGAUAGUUAAGGAGAUUUUCGGCAACCCUGUGAAAGUCCUCCAGCACAAAUCAGAUGUUAUUCGGAUGGAAGCGUUGCGAGACUAUGGUGGUAUUUAUCUUGAUCUUGAUGUGUUGGUUUUUAAGCCAUUCGAUGAUCUUCUUUAUGACGACUUUACAAUGGGCAUCGAAAUGAUUCCUAAUGCUGUUGGUCUUUGUAAUGCGGUGAUGAUCAGCAGGCCAUUCGCACCUUUUCUCACUAGAUGGAUAGAACAAUAUAAAUACUUUGACGACAAUGACUACAAUUAUCAUUCAGUCCUGUUGCCUUACAAUUUGUCAAAAAAAUACGAAGAUGAUAUCCAUGUUUUAAAUGAAACUGCUUUUUUUUGGCCGACUUGGGUUGAAGAUCAUUUGAGAUGGGUGCACACAUCAAAUGAAUAUGAUUUCUCCAACCAGUAUGCCUACCAUAUGUGGUUCACAAGAGGUUAUAAUAAGUAUUUACGACGUUUAACUCCAACAUUGAUUAGAAAUGUGGAAACGAGUUUUAAUAAAGUAGUCAGAAGGUUUUUAAAUUAUUUACCUGACAACUUUAAUGAAGAGAUCUUUAAACGAGAAAUGAUUGGAAAAAACUAA